UUAAUGCUCAUUUUUCACAAUCACCUCUCACCUUUGCAUCAAUUAUUGAAUCAGUAUUCACAUCACAUAUAUCUCUUGCUUUACUAUUACCACUGCCAACCAUUCAAGAAAACCAUUGACAUACCACUCUUUGCUAUCAAUUCACACCGAUCUUGAUUUCCUUCAAUCUUUUGCUAAUACAAAAUGGCUGCAACUAUGAUUGGAAGUGCUUUCCUCUCUGGAACUGUUCAGACCUUAGUUGAGAAACUUGCUUCAAAAGAGUUUCUUGAUUACUUCAAAAAAACCAAGUUCUAUGACUCACUCUUGGAACAGUUAGGACAACCACUACUCACUAUUCAACCUGUGCUAGAUGCUGCAGAGGAGAAGCAGAUCAACACUCCUUCUGUCAAACAAUGGCUUGAUGGCUUGAAAGAUGCUCUCUACGAUGCUGAAGAUUUGCUCAACCAAAUUAGCUAUGAUUCCCUUCGAUGCCAGAUGGAGAACACGCAAGCUGCAAGCAAAACUAAACAGAACACCUUCAACUCCUAUGUUCAAUGAAUCUGUCAUGGUUGGUAGGAAAGAUGACAAAGACAAAGUAAUGAACAUGUUGCUAUCACAAAGCAAUACUAGCCAGAACAAUAUGGGCGUAGUUGCAAUUGUAGGCAUGGGAGGUAUCGGAAAAACAACACUUGCACAACUUGCUUACAAU